CAUGCGAGUAUCUCGUGUUAUCUGGACCAUCUUGUUCGCAAGGCUUCCUCUCGACUUGGGCUAUUUAAAUCCCAUAUCUCAGUAAGCAAGCGAGGUUGGUAAGCUCACGUCGAAGGCAAUCAGUCAGCGCGGUCCUUCCGUCGUGUUGCGUGGGCUAUCGGCAUCUCGCUCUAGGACGUGUCUACUUGCUUCCUCGGGAAAACACCCAACAUAAAUAGUAGCGCAAGCAAGCAUGGGGGCCUGAGGCCUGAGUACCAGCGACUUCCAAUUGCUAUUCCGGUCUCUGUUCCAAUCCGUAAACUUUCAGCUCAUGCCCGCCCCAGCAGAAGAUCUGCCUGUCACUUUGAAGCACGACGUGUAUCCUACGAUCGAUCCUUCAGUCCACUAUGACAAGAAGUCUUGCAAGGGUAAGGUUGUGUUCGUAGCGGGCGCAUCUCGCGGCAUAGGCGAAGAAAUCGCUAUCACAUAUGCGCGCGCUGGUGCCUCGGUGGUCCUUGGCGGACGAAAACAGGCGACCUUGGAUGCUGUCAAGAAGACCAUCCUCGAAAGCGUCGACGGUGUCCAAGUCCUCGAUGUCAUCCUCGAUGUAACGAAGGCGAAGCAAGUGGACGAUGCUGUGAAAGUUGUCAUAGCACAAUUUGGAAAAUUGGACAUUGUUAUAGCCAACGCGGGAGCGUUGACUACGUGGAAUCAACCGUUCACUGAGGAGGAUCCUGACGCGUGGUGGAACGUUCUCGAGGUCAAUGUUCGCGGAGUGUACAAUGUCGCACGGUACACAACACCUCACCUCUCCAAGACUCGAGGAUAUUUUGUUGCCAUCUCGUCCCUUGCUGCGCAGAUCCGGAUACCGUUCGGUAGUUCAUAUGCAGUCUCAAAGCAUGCUGUUGGGAGAUUCGUUGAACACAUGAAACUUGAGACUCCCGAGAUCAAGGUGUUUUCUUUGCAUCCAGGCUCUAUCAAGACGGAUCUGGCCAUGCAAAAUCCCCAAUUUGAGAGGGCCAUGGUUGACACUACACAACUCGCAGCUGCGACCGCCCUGUAUUUGACUGCUGGAAAUGCGGACUGGCUCUCUGGAAGGUUUGUCUCUUCUAACUGGGAUCUGAAGGAGGUGGAAGAGAAAUGGAAGGGCAGAAUUUUAGAACACGAGGCACUUGUCAGCAGACUUUCCAUACCAUUAUAGGGGGAACGAUAAAGCAGUUCAGUAGACAUUUAGAUUGAAUUUCAGUGUUUCUGAAUCCGUCUUGGCCAUUG